GGCGUCGUGACGUCAGCACGUCCUGACCUCUCGCGAGCGCAGGAUUCUGGAGCAGCGACAAACUCUCGCUUUAAAUUUUGUUUUAACUAUUUUUUUCUUCAUUAAUUGUUGUUUUUCGAAGCCAAACUGGCCGACGGAAUACUUUGUUUGUUGCUAGUGUCGUUUAAAGAGCGCCUUGUGCUUUUAAAGUGGUCGAUUUGUACUUUUAUCCCGGUGUUUUUCCUCAUGGAUCAGAUGGUGACGCGUCAGAAUAAUUGACACUGAUAAACGCGAUUCAUUAAUUCAUAUUUUCAAAUUACAACAUGUCAGUAAACGUCGGGUUUACGCGUCGAUUUUAAACGCUAAAAUUCGUUUAUUCCUGCGCAUAAAUGAUUAUAAUUUUGAUUACUCUUACUUUAGCUGCUAAUGCUAACUAGCGCAGGCCGCUGUUGGAGUUUAUUUAUAUAUGAGUAUUUUUGUAUUUAUAUGAUGUUUAUGUGUAUUUGAGUGUAAAUGAAUGGUUGUAAGAGUCUGAUGGUCUUUUCUGAAGUCUUUGAUUGAUCAGUGAUGUUUUCUCCAUCACUUCAGACUCAGAUCUCUAGUAUCUAGUGAUGUUUCUCACUCAUUAUAAAGGCCUCGUUUAUUUUCUUUAUUUUUUCGCUCACUCUGCAAUCUUUUUAAAAGUGAUUGGUGACUUAUUUUACUCAUGUCGAAAAGUUUGAUGGCUUGACGAACAAUUUGCGCCGUAGUUUAUCUUUUAAAUGUAGCUGCUAUUGGCUGUGAUUGACUGGACAUAAUAAAGAAGAGGAGAAACAAACCCUGCUGAUAUUCAAGAUGAUGUGCGAGGUGAUGCCCACCAUCAGCGAGGCGGAGGUCGGUGGGAACGGAGGUGCUCUGGGCUCCGGCUCUCCUGGACAGACGGACUCUGAGGGUCACUUUGAGUCUCUGAUGGUGUCUAUGCUGGAGGAGAGAGACCGGCUGCUGGACACACUCCGAGAGACGCAGGAGAACCUGUGUGUGACGCAGAGCAAACUCCACGAGAUCAGCCACGACAGAGACUCCCUGCAGAGACAGCUCAACAGCGCACUGCCACAGGAAUUUGCUGCUCUUACGAAGGAAGUGAACAUGUGUCGCGAGCAGCUUCUGGAGCGAGAGGAGGAGAUCGCCGAGCUCAAGGCGGAGAGAAACAACACACGCCUGCUGCUGGAGCACCUGGAGUGUCUGGUGUCUCGUCACGAGCGCUCCCUGAGGAUGACGGUGGUGAAGCGUCAGGCUCAGUCUCCCGCUGGCGUCUCCAGUGAGGUGGAGGUGCUCAAGGCCCUCAAGUCUCUGUUCGAGCACCACAAGGCCCUGGACGAGAAGGUGCGUGAGCGUCUGCGAGUGGCUCUGGAGAGAUGCAGUCUGCUGGAGGAACAGCUGACCACCUCACAUAAAGAGCUGGCGUUCGUGAAGGAGCAGAGCAGUCAGAGGAAGCUGUGUGUGGACGGCUCAGCAGAACUCAACCACGAUGGCGCUCCGAACACUAAUGGCAAGCAGCGCCUGUCAGACGUGUCUCUGUACGCCGAGGAGGAUUGUGGGAAGAACGGGGACCUGCAGGAGGCGGUGGACACUCAGAGUAAAGAGCUCCUGCACAUGAAGGAGUGUGUGUCGACUCUGAGCGCGAGAGUGUGUGAGCUGGAGGAGGAUCUGGACACGGCCCGCAGAGACCUGAUCAAGUCUGAGGACCUCAACAGCCGACUGCAGAGAGACAUACGCGAGUCUGUGGCCCAGAAGGAGGACAUGGAGGAGAGGAUCACGACGCUGGAGAAGCGCUACCUGGCGGCUCAGAGGGAGGCCACGUCUGUGCACGACCUCAACGACAAGCUGGAGAAUGAGAUCGCCAACAAGGACUCGCUGUUCUGCCAGGUGGAGGAGAAGAGCCGGCAGCUGCAGGAGAGACUGGAGCUGGCGGAGCAGAAGCUUCAACAAACUCUUCGUAAAGCAGAGACGCUGCCCGAGGUGGAGGCAGAGCUGGCCCAGAGAGUCGUGGCGCUCACUAAGGCGGAGGAGCGUCAUGGUAACGUGGAGGAGCGUCUCAGACAGAUGGAGGCUCAGCUGGAGGAGAAGAACCAGGAGCUGCUCAGGGCGCGUCAGCGAGAGAAGAUGAACGAAGAACACAACAAACGCCUGUCGGAGACGGUGGACAAACUGCUGUCCGAGUCCAACGAGAGACUCCAGCUGCACCUGAAGGAGCGCAUGAGCGCGCUGGAGGACAAGAACGCGCUGAUCCGGGAUCUGGAGCACACAAGGAAGCUGAUCGAGGAGGCUCAUCACGAGAAGGAGCAGCUGCUCAUCCAGAUCGAGACCAUGAGGGCGGAGCACGAGAGGGGGCGGAGCCGGAGCAACUCUCUGCUGCAUCAUGGGCGUUCUCAGGUGAGCGGCACGCCGGACUUCAGGUUCCCCGUGUCGGUGUCGUCAGUGAUAGACAGUCACUACAGUGGCGCGCUGGUGCUCCGACGACCCCAGAAGGGCCGAGCGUGUGCGCUGAGGGACGAGCCCUCCAAGGUGCAGACGCUGGACGAGCAGGAGUGGGAUCGGCUGCAACAGGCUAAUGUUCUGGCUAACGUGGCUCACGCGUUCGAGAGCGAUCUGGACAUGUCAGACGCUGAGGACGACAGAGAGACGGUCUUCAGCUCCAUGGAUCUUCUGUCUCCUGCUGGACAGGCAGACGCUCAAACCCUCGCCCUGAUGCUGCAGGAGCAGCUCGACGCCAUCAACAACGAGAUACGGAUGAUCCAGGAGGAGAAGGAGAACACGACGCUGAGAGCCGAGCAGAUCGAAGGUCGAGUGGGCAGUGGAGAGGAUCUGGGCCGCUUCCGGUCCUUCCUCAGCGAGUCUCCACCCGGAUCAGGACACACCACACCCCGGCGAGAGCUCGACCGCAUGGGGGUCAUGACCCUGCCUAGCGAUUUGCGGAAACAUCGUAGGAAGUGUGCUCAGGACGAUAAAGCCACCAUCAGAUGUGAGACGUCUCCUCCGUCCACGCCGUCCUCCAUGCGCCUCCAUAAGGGAUCGCUACACACCUCGAGCCACGAGGACAUCAGAGACGUGCGCGGCGCUGGCCUGCAGGACAGUAACCCCAGCAGCAGUAACAGCAGUCAGGACUCGCUCAACAAGGCCACCAAGAAGAAGAGCAUCAAGGUCUCCAUCGGCCGUCUGUUCGCCAAGAAGGAGAAGAGUCGAGCCGGUGCUGUGGGCAAAGAGUCUCCUGUGCCAGCGGCAGGAACGCCUGAAGGGAGCGGCUCACCGGACACCAUGACACUCGGCAAACUGGGCGGCCCCGCAGAGAAGAGCAGGAAACUGCAGAAGAACCCAAACUCAGGACACGAGUUGCUGGAGGAAGCGUGUCGGCAGGGUCUUCCCUUCGCCCAGUGGGACGGUCCCACCGUCGUGGUGUGGCUCGAGCUGUGGGUCGGGAUGCCUGCAUGGUAUGUGGCCGCGUGUCGUGCCAACGUGAAGAGCGGCGCCAUCAUGUCUGCGCUGUCCGACACCGAGAUCCAGCGCGAGAUCGGCAUCAGCAACCCUCUCCACCGCCUCAAACUGCGGCUGGCGAUCCAGGAGAUCAUGUCCCUCACGAGCCCGUCGGCGCCUCCGACCUCCAGAACGUCUUCUGGGAAUGUCUGGCUCACACACGAGGAGAUGGAGAGUUUGGCCGCCACGCCGCUCACGGAGGACGAGGAGGGCGGCUGGGCGCAGACUCUGGCCUACGGUGACAUGAACCACGAGUGGAUCGGGAACGACUGGCUGCCGAGUCUGGGUCUGCCUCAGUACCGCAGCUACUUCAUGGAGUCGCUGGUGGACGCGCGGAUGCUGGAUCACCUGACCAAGAAAGACCUCCGCGGACAGCUGAAGAUGGUGGACAGCUUCCACAGGAACAGUUUUCAGAGCGGUGUGAUGUGUUUGAGACGUCUGAACUAUGACCGGAAAGACCUUGAGCGAAGGCGUGAGGAGUCACAGGUGGAGGUCAAAGAUGUGCUGGUGUGGUCGAACGAGCGUGUGGUCAGCUGGGUUCAGGCCAUCGGGCUGAAGGAUUACGCCAGCAAUCUCCUGGAGAGCGGGGUUCAUGGAGCGCUCAUCGCCCUCGACGAGACCUUCGACCACAACGCCCUCGCUCUGCUUCUGCAGAUCCCCACGCAGUGCACACAGGCGCGAGCGCUACUGGAGCACGAGUACGGUCACCUGAUCGCCGCCGGCACCGAGCGCAGGCUGGACGAGGACGACGACAAGAACUUCCGGCGCGCGCCGUCUUGGAGGAAGAAGUUCCGGCCCAAAGACGUGCGCGGGAUGAGCGUGAGCGCCUCGGACACGCUGCCGGCUAGCUUCCGGGUGAGCGCCGGCGACGCCGCUCUGAUGGCCAAGAAGCCGCAGCUGGACGGUGUGAGUGGAGUUCAGCGUCUGGACUCGGCCGCAGUCAGAACAUACUCUUGCUGAUCUGAGCAGGUGACGCAGCUGAAGAGCACGAUCCCCGUCAGGCUGGAGUUCCACAUCAUUCCUUUGGGUUUUUCCCGGUUCCAGACCCAUAAUCCCAGAGUUUAUACUUCUAUUUAUUCCUCCAGUCUCUCUAACUCAGUGUUUCAUAUCAACUUCUGCUUGAUUUUAUCUCGUCACCUUUUAAUUCACGCGUCCUAAUCCAGUUCAACUCCUCUAGAUGUAAUUUAUAUAUCACGAGACAGGAGUAUGUACAUUUAUGUUUGUAGGCAUAAUCUCUUUUUUAUCAUUAUAUGAGUAUUUUUAUCGUAUCGGCUACUCAUUGAUUUUGUUUUUAAUCUUCCAGCUAAAAGUACUUUGUGUGUUUGAUCUAAACUCUUAAUUUUCUUUUGGUCUCCCUGUUGAUUCUGAGAAAGUGACCCACGUCAAUGGCAUUGUGUGAAUAUCGGGGUCGGUUCGUGUUUUAUAUCCUGUGAUACCAAAAUCAGACCCGUGGAUAAGCCAUACUUUGUAAUAAUUAUGAGGGCUAUUUUGAAAACAUCUUUCUACAGAUGAGAUAUUGAUGCUGGGCUUCUCUAGCAUCUUUUUGGCUGAAAGUCACUGUUUAUCCAUUCCCUUUGUGCUGCAUUACAAGAGUGUAAGGUGUGUAUGUGUGCAUUUGAGUGAGUGAGUGAAAGAGUCAAUGAAAGUGAGUGUGUCUGUGCGAUUGAGUCUAUGUAAGAGUGUGUGUGUUUCUUAGACGGACCAAUCCUCCAGUGGCCUCUCUCUCUCUCUCUCUCUCUCUCUCUCUCUCUAACCCUGUGAUUCUCACCACUGUAAUCAAGCCUUACAUUUGUAGCCCCUCCUCCUGUUUUCAACUACCCUUUUUGAUAUCGUGUGCAUCAGCCUUUAUGUAGGAAUCGUCAUUUUUGGAUGAUAUCAAAAGCCCAGGCUGGAGUCAUAUCCCAGUCUUCUUGAUUUUGUAAUUUUACGUUCUUAGUCACUUGUGUACAAUUAAAGUCAUGUUACUAUCUUUUUAUUGUCCUUUAUUUAAAUAAAUCUUCUGGUCCUGUAAUAGAAAUAAUGUACAGUCUAAGUACUUAUGAACUAUUUUUAUCACAGUAUUAUUUAUUUCUUUCAUUUCAAUAAAAUACUGAAACUUAUUUUCCACUGCCAAUAAAAAUAAGUCUUUAUGAACA